CCUCUUAUACCCAUAUUCACAAGAGUAGAUCUGUGAAAACUGUCAUCCAGUCAUGUAGUGAUCGCAUUCGUACCGUGGGUAUAUAGUUUCUGCCAGUAGUAUUAUGGUUCCAAUAGAUGACAAAGAUCCCUUUCAGAGAACAGGAGAAAGCGACAGAUGUGAUUACCAUACUAAGGAGACAUGAAUUUCUGAUUGAAUGUGAUUUCUGAAUUAGCUACAGAAGACACCAUGUCAGCUGAUGAUCCGAAAUGCAGUCGAGAAGCAAAGAAGUCGAGUCUGAUUAACGAUCAAAAUGAAACAAAAUCUUCGUCACCAGCCAAAGCGGAUGACUCGUUACGUGGUUCCAACUCAUCGCUUCGUGACUCAACCAAUGAUCGUGUAUCGGUAGCCAAUGAUAAUCAGGCUAUCGAUGAUCAAUCCCUAAACGCUCGACCAGGAAGCAGUAUGUCAUCGAAUGACCGACCGACAAGCAGCAAGUCACGAAGUCACGUCAGCGACGAAAGCGACUUCGACGACGGAACCGAGAAUGAUGAUGGACAGAGCAUACAGAACAUGGAUGCGCUCAAAGGAAACAGACCCAAGACAGGUCAUCACAGGAGGAGACAGAAGGAUGAACCUGACGUUGAUGAUUUCUCUGGUCUUGUGAGUGCUCUUAGACAGGAGACAGAGAAUCUUGCUGCUCAGUUUCGUGAUGGUCCUUUGGGGUCGAUAAAUGCUGAUGAUGAUAAGGUUGAGACUGCAUCUAUUCAUGAUAUCUUAGAGGAACUUACCGAUUCGCUUCAAAGAAGUGAAUCAAGAAGCAGUCAGGUAUGUGGUAGCAUUGGUAAAGUACUGGAGGCCACAGGAGAGCUCCGAGACAUACUCGAGGAGAAACUGAACCGGUCUGGAUUACAGGUUGACCGAGAGAAAUCAGAUGAUAACAAAAAGGGGAGCACUGAAGCUGUUGCUGCCGCUGCCGAAACACGAGCAACCCUCGCCAGACUAACAGCCGAAGUAGCCGAAGCUAACCGAAUGGCGGCCGAAGCUGAAAACGCUGCCGCCGAAGCAAGAGCGAGAGCUGCCGAAGCCGCCGACGAAAUCACCGAAGCCAAAGACAACCUUGAAAGCAUCAAAGAGAAAGAACAAGUCGAAGAGAAGGAUAAGGAAGAAGAACAGACACUUGCAAACGAUGCUAAAGAUGGGUCAGAUAAUAGUGUUGAAGAAGGGGAAAAUGAGAAGACAGAUGAAGCGGGGGAAUAUGACGAGAAUUUUGAAGAGGAAUCUGAUGAAGAUGUUGAGAACAAAACUGGCGACAAUGAUGAGAAUACGAAGAAAGAAGAGGAACGUGAUGGGGAUAAACCAGGAAGAGAAGAAAGACGAACAGAUGAACAAGAAGAGAAGGCAGACAAUAAUAAACGUGUAUUGACACCACGAUUAUCAAUGAAAGAGAAUUUAUUAGAAUGGCCAUAUCAUGUACUUCCCUUAAAAGUAAAUGGAGAGGAAGAGGUUGGGUGUGUGAUUCGAUUUAAAGAUGAUUUCUUCCCGCCUCCUUCAUCACUUCAUCUAACCUGUCACCUACACAACAACCUCAGUACUAACGCCAUGGAUGACAGCGAAGAAAUGGUUAGCAAUGUAAUCAGACUACGCCAUGAAGACGACGAUGAUGACGAUGAGGAGCAUGACGAUCUCGGGGCUCCCAUCGUGGUAGCGAUACCGUAUACGGUAUCAGCAAGGAUGACGAGCACGAAAGAGUUCAUCGUCAAGAUGAGAGGAAGAAAUGAUGAGGAUUGGCAGACAGUUGCUACCCUGGCAACUGAAAGUACAUUUAUAGAACAAAAGGGUCCGUUUGCUGAAGUUAAGACAACCCGCCUUGCAUCAUUUGUAGUGGUUGCUAGGCUAGCAAGAGAUAAACAAACGGUUACUAAGAAAGGUGGAACCUUGAAAUCGUCUGCUGAUCAUCGAGUUACCAUCACGUAUCCUAUGGGAGCAUGCAGUCUCAUCAGUGUUACUUUAGAGGUUCAACCGGCUGAGAAUGUAGUAAGCGAGAUUAAAUCCCGUCUUCGUCACUGUUCAGAGCUUAUAACAGCCAGUCCUAUCAUUCACCUGACCCAUUCAACAAAGAAACACUUUGAGAAACCUGUUACACUAACCAUACCAUGUCCACCCAACCCACACAAGAGCAAUGAUGCUCCCGGAGGAGCGGGAGAUUCUACUGGACCAGGAGGUGGAGCAGGAGGAGGGGGAGGGAAGAAAGAGAAAUCUACCAGCAAUAUGGAUCCUCUACAUCCUGAGGGUGUGGUCGUCAUCAGAUCAACCAAGAGUAGUAUCUUCGGCGGUGAUCCUUCUCAGGACGCCCUCUAUCUGUUAGCCAAACAGGAGCAAACUUCACAAUGGAAUGAGCUAGAUGAUAUACCUAUCAGACAGAUAAAGAAAGACGUGGUAGCCAUAGAUCUCAGUGAACCUGUUAGUAGGUUGGUUAUCUUAAGGGUUGCCCAGGAAGCUCGCUACCCUGUCAAGAGCAUCGCCAAUACCUUCGAACUUGCUCUUCAAAUUCGAUAUGCUAAACUCGUAUUCAUACCCAAGGAAGACGAGCCUCACCGAGCAGUGGUUACAUGUGUGCCUUCCAAGCAGUUAGACAAUGUCCUCAGAAAGCUUCUCAAUGAUGGUUAUGACGGAUCACCGGAUCAUAGCGAUGAUAUACCAAUGACAGAGGGACAGGAAAUUACACUCAGGUUCAAUGGCAACGUUCAGAUGGUAGACCGAAAUGAAUUGAAAAUUAAUUUUCAUUCUAAUCGUCGGAUCUUUCACUACAUCGAGUUAAAAGAAGUCAAUCGAUUUGGAAAUCACAGUUCACCUGAGUACCGAGGAUGUGCUGAGUUCUAUGGAAAGGCUCGCAUCACACUGGAAGACAUGGAAGACCCUGAGGAAACUAUGUUGAAAGAAGCAGAGGCGAAAGCAAAAGAGAAAAAGACAGAGAAGGAAAACAAACCAAUUUCAUUAAAAGAUGAGAAAAAGAUAAAGGAUAACAAGUCAUCAGAUCAGAGCAGUUUCUUCAAGAAUUCGCCUGACUUACUCUGCAAGCUUCAUAUUGCUCUACCAAAGACUGAACCAGAUCAACCGCUUCCUCCAAGCCGGUAUAGGACUACGGCUAUAGAUGCAGGAGGUAUGGUGUGUAACUCCAACCUACGAUGGUUAGCUAGUGAGCUUGGCAAUGAAUGGGAAUCAUUAGCUGGAUACCUAGGAUUGAAAAAGAAUCGUGUUCAGAGCAUUAAGAGAAACAAUCCUGACGCGCAAGAACAACAGAUCUUUGAUAUGUUAGUUACAUGGAGGAGUAGCUUACCCAAAGCCUACAAUAAGGAUAGGAAGAUAUUAUCUUCAUUGACUCGCUGUGGGAGAUAUGAUCUUGGCGAAGAACUACGAUAUCGAGAUAGCGAACCAGACAAUGAAUACGCAGAAGAUUUUGAAGAUUAGGA